AUGGAUUCCGCUGCAUCCGAUGCCACUCAAGGGCAUCAACAGGUUAUGACCGCCCAAGCUGAGACUGCUGCGCAGGUGGUGAAUGGUGUCCAGAACCAACCUGGACCCUCGAAUGAGCCCACAACAAGGGGCUCGGCUGGUGGAUCUGGAGUAGUUGCAGGCUACAGAGGUGAGCUGCUUGGGGAGGUGAUGGCUCCUGGAUCAGGGGCAGCUCAUGGGGAGUCUAUAGCUUCGCGAGGUGCGCUGUUGGUGGAGCCCACCGAAUCUGGCGAGUUGCAGGGGGAGCAACUAAGUGCUCCGACGACGACUGGUCUGGACGGAUGGCAGGACUAUGGCGAGACAUCUGGGCGAGGCAGUGCAGAUUAUCUCCAGAUGGGAUCCGUGACUCCGAGGUCACGGAAUGGGCAUUCGUUUUCUCUUCCGGCAGGGCAGAACUGGUUGGGAGGACUAGAGAUGCCGAGAUGGGUUGCCAGGCUGGGCAGCUAUUUAAGUGUGGGGCAUGGCGAUAUGGUUCCAAGCCCUAUGGCAGGGAGUACCGGAACAUCUACACCGGGUGGUCCAACGUUCAUGUUGAGGUCGCCAGGGAGACCAAUGAGUGUGAGGCCACCUACACCGCCAAGCUCCUCGGAUUUUCCCAGCGAGGCGGUUCAGGCCGAGGUCCAGCGACAGCUUGGAGGGAUUCUCUCUAGAUUGCAGGUGGCGGAGGAGCAAAACAUGGCGCUUCGUCAGCAGCUUGAGGAGGAGAGGGAGAACCUUCGUCAUGUGAAGCGGGCCAAGGCGACUGCAGCGACUCAACAGGAGUUGCCUCUUAGUGGACCACCUCGAGGAGAUCUACCACCGCGACCAGAAGUACCUGAGCGCCCUGGAGGACUGCUGAGUGAUCUUGCUUCAGCUCAUCUGGGACCUGCUGAUCUUUGGGGUAACGGGAAGUGUGAGCACGGGUCCGAGCCUCAAGGGCCUAGUGUGGAGCCUCAAGGUGAUCACCAAUCUACUCGGAGUAGACCUACCUCAACCAUGCCAGCACCGCCUCCUAUGCCACCACCAAGGACCAUGGAGCAGGAGGAGCCUAGGGGUUUUCUUCGCUCUUGGUUGACAAGGCCUCGGAGCGAAUCUCCCCCGCCACGACCUGAUCAUCCCAGAGACUCUCCUGCAAUCGAGGCGCUCACGAAGGGAAUUGCUCAACUGCAGGAACUCCAGGCCCAAGCCCUUCAGAAGUCGUCUGGAAAUGGAGCGGAGGUGAUCAAGCCAGGCACGUCAACCCUGAGUCCACUGCCAACAGUCAAGAGUGGUGCUGAAGUGGCGCUACAGUUUCAGGAUUGGGUGGAGGUCACGGCUGCGGUGAUGUACGACAUCAGCGAGCAGAGUGGAACGUGGUGGAAGGCAGUGCUGGGAGUUGUGGACAGGGCUUACAAGGCAUGGUUGUCUUCUACACCCUUGGAGAGAUUGACGGUUCAGCCUCGUGGAGGGGAAGAACUAGCGACCGGGAAGUGGACCAGAUUGAAUGCAAGGGUGACGGCAAUGCUCCUGGCAGCCAUGUCUGAGGAGCAGAAGAUGGACAUGAUUGCCAAUCGAAUAUCCACCAGCUCAGUGGAUAUGCUCUUCCGGCUCUACACUACCUACCAACCUGGGGGGAGCCUGGAAAGACAGGAUGUCCUCAAGCGCCUCCAGAGUCCCAUGGACUACGUGGACAAGGACACCAUACAGGAAGUUCUUCGUGUGAUUCGGAGCUGGCCAAGGUGGAUGGCAAGAUGUGAGACACUAGGGAUGGCAGCCCCGGACCCUUCUGUUUUAGCUCGUGGUCUGAAGCUUCUCACUGCCAAGUACAUCGACUCCAACCCGGACUCGGCCUUCAGGACGGCUAUGCUUCGUACGACUCUUCGUCUUGAUGGGCAACCCGGUGAAGAGCAGGUGAGGGCGUACCAGAAGCAUUUGCAAGCAGAGUUGGAGAAUGUGGUGGCGAGCUAUCCUUCAGGAUCAACAACAGCUGAGGGGCUACAUCCUAGACUACAAGCACUGGACCGAGGUGAGCCAAGGACUGCACCCACCAGCAAGUCGCCUGAGAAGGACAAGGAGAAGGGUGGCAAAACAGACAUGUGUCGCUACUUCAUGAAGCCUUCUGGGUGUCGGAGAGGAUCCCGCUGCAACUUCAGUCACAACAUGGCUCACCUUGAUCGUGAAGUACGAAAAAAGAAGUGUUUGAGCUGUGGAUCUGAGUCCCACAGACAGAAGGACUGUGGAGUUGGGAAGAGUGGACCACGGCCUCCUCAUGGACCGACCGGCUCUGAGGCAAGUGGUGGAGGGGCGAAGAGUUUGUCCACUACUCCUGGGGUGGCGUCGUUGUCCACAACCUCCACGACUGGGGCGACUGAUGGGUCGGUGGUACAGGGAACCCCAUGGACCCUUGAAACCUUGGUUCAAGCUGCGCAACAAGUAAUGCAGGCCCAGGCUCCGGGAGAUCGAGGGGAAUCACCUGAGAAGACGGGUCCGGCGGUGCGAACUCUGGUGGUUAGGGGGAUACAGGUCUGUGCCAUGAAGUCUUCCUCAACAGCUUUGUUGGAUAGUGGAGCCACCCAUUGCCUGAGAUCAGCUCGUUCAUACAAGGAAUGGAGUGAGGCUGAGAAGGUCAUGGUCCAAUUGGCGGGCAACCACAAUUUGGUGAUGAGAAUGAGCGACAAUGGCUCGUUGCUUAUGCCUCCGAGGAAGGGAAUGUCAGAGACGGGCACAGGUGGAGAUGGAGGACAGACAAUCGUGCCCAUGGGUGAGCUCGUUGGAACACUUGGAUACACCCUACGAUGGUCCCCUACCGAGUGCUACCUGUACGACAAGAGCGACAACCGCAUUCCGCUGAGCGUCUCUGGUGGAUGCCCUCAGCUAUGUGAAGCAGAAGCACUUUCGCUCAUCGCAAAGAUCGAGGAUAAAAGAAGGGAGGUGCUCGAGAAUGAGAUUGCCGAGACCCAGGACCUCGUAGCGAUGGCAGCGCUCCAGUUGGAUAAAGGGUGGAAGGACUACAUUAGGGAGUAUGUCGCCACUGGGUCCUGGAUGCGGGACGAGGUCAAGGAUGCCGGAUGGGAGGUCUUCAAGGGAGUUGACUUCCUCACUCGUCCUCAGAAGAGAUAUCUGUGGGGAUCAAAGAAGUGGGUGAUCCAUCUGUUUGCAGGUGAUCCGGGACACUAUAAGAUGUUCCAGCUGGAUCAAGGCAACACGGCAGUGUUGGAGUUGGACAUCGCUCGCUGCCAGGGACACAGUAUCCUGAGGAGUCCAACUUGGCGAUUGCUGAUGUGGGGGGCAUUGAAUGGUCGAAUCGAUGCGGUGAUCACUCGGAUGAUGUGGCUGUAUGUCAUAGCCAAGGAAGCAAGGGCGGCAGUCCCGAUGGCCAGAAACAAGGAGCGUCCGGUCGCCUUUGCCCUCGAGCAUCCAGCAUCACGGGGUAGCGGUUCGUUGUGGUCCACUGACCUGUGGGAGGAAUUCCAGGAGGAGAUGGACAUGAUCCAGGUGAAGUUCGAUCAGAAGAACAUGGGAGCACCGAGGCCGUUGCACACGAUCUUGGGAACGAACGUCUAUUACCUCAUGGGAUUGGAUGGAAUAGGGUAUGAAGACCUAGACCCUCAGGAGGAAAUCCCCAACGUCAAGGUCGAUCCAGAAUGGUCACCGGGACUAGUGGAUAGCAUGGUCAUGGCAAUGAGGCUUUGGGACCAGCAGCCUUUGUGUUGCCCGGCAAGGGUGGCAAUUUCUCCUGGUGAAUGGCAGCGGCACGUUCGUUCUGGGCACGCAGACUAUCGGAGGGACUGCCUUACGUGUGUGAUGGCUAGAGGGACUGGACGUCGUCAUGCCCGAGCCAGACAUCCGAGCACGUUCGUCCUGACGAUCGAUUUGGCGGGCCCAGUGAAGCCAGGCUUGGAUGUUACCUCAAAGGGAACCAUGGGGAAGAACCUGCGAUACAUGCUGGUGGCCAAGUAUGUUCUUCCCAAGGAAUAUGUGAAGGGGUAUACGGGGCGUCAACCUCCAGGUGAUGAUGGUCGAGAGGAUGAACCACCACAAGGCCUAGAGGGGGAAGAGUCGCAUAUGCCAGUGCUAGCUGAGGAGGAGGAUCCCUUCGAGGUUGGUGAGAGCAUGGACUAUGAAUCGGACGUGGACGAAGCACAGUCCCAGGAGGAGGAUGCUUGUGAGGUAGAGCGGGGCGACAGUAGGUUUGCUGGAGGAACAACCAAGCAGCGGGAAGAGUUCCGGGACUACGAGGAUGUGAUGUACGAGCCUUCUGAGAUUGGUCCUGACGAUGAAGGUGGUGGAGAGGAUCAGGAGGAGCAAGUGCAUCUAGCCGAGGAGGACCAGGUCAAGGACAGCGAGCACAGAGCCUUCCCGGAUUGCGAGAGAAGAGUGGUGGGCAAGAUGCCAUUGGAAAGCAUAGAGAUGCGAAGGAUGGAGUUGUCCGAGGAGGAGUUGGGAUCCUAUGUUCGAGAUCGGUGCAAGGUCCUCUUGGAGAACUGGGACCGGGGAGUUGCACUUCAAGUAGUGGAUGAGGUGGCAGAAACGGGAUUCUUCGACGACAAGAAGUUCGGAGUCUACCGACAUGGGGGUACCGUGGGUUGGCUUCGUGGUCUACAUGAACACCCAGAGCUAACUCGGGUACUGACUCGGAUUGUCACCGAGAUAAACCCCGAGGCAAACUACAUGGCUAUUUGGGUGGCAAGGAAUGCUGAGCGAGGAAUGCACAAGGAUUCGAAUAACGAUGAGAAGGCCUUCAACACAGUGAUACCUGUGCGAACCCCAGCUAAGGGAGGAGAUCUAUGGGUGGAGCUGUCACCAGGCGACAUCGUUACGGGGGAGGUUAUGGAGAGAGAAGAUGACCAAGGGCGACGGCGAUAUGGGCAAGUUCACAGGAUCCGGGCUGGAAGUUGUAUGACCUUUCUACCCCGGAAACUACAUGAAGUACUACCAUGGUCUGGAACAAGAACGGUUCUUAUCGCCUACACUCCAAACUGCUUCGGUAGUCUCUCAAGGGAGAUGAUCCAGAGCCUCGAGGACUAUGGCUUCUUACCACCACCAUCACAACUACCAGAGUAUUUCCUGAAAAAGGGUGAGGCUGUAAUGAACUACAUGGAGGUUGACUCUCAGGAACCUGGCGAAGUUGUGCAAAAGGAGGAGGAGGUCAAAGACGAGGAGGAUGAGUCCUGGGAAAUGUUCCUGGAGGCGGAGAAUGGCAUGAUCAAGAUAGGAGGAUCAGUAUCUCAGCAGCGCUGUGAGGCCCCGUCGAUGAAGAAGAUGGAGCCGGCAUUCACCAAGGACGUGGAAGAUCUGCUCAAUGAUUUGGUCGGUCCUCUCGAGGUGACGCACAAUGUGGACCCAAGGGAGGUGGAAGCCAAUUGGGAGAAAUGGAUUCCUGCCAUUAUGAAGGAGCUCACCAGUGUUAGUGUGGCGAUUCAAAAGCUGCCUUUGGGAUCUCCUGAGCGAUCAGAGUGGAUACAGCGUCCUGGAGCCCAGCGUUUGCCAACCAACAUGGUCUACACCAUUAAGCCUGGUGAUAACCCGGACAUUGAGGAUCCGAGCACCUGGUACAAACGUAAGGCGAGACUGGUGGUCUGCGGAAAUUUUGCAGACCGGGACCAGACCGACUUGUACUCGGAAACGGCACCGUCUGAGGCUGUCAGGGCUGGAUUGGUGCUGUCCAGAAGGAGGAAGUGGGCAGUUGGCUUGAUCGAUGUGGUGGCGGCCUUCUUGAGAACUCCAAUGGAUCAAGAGGGAACAGGCCUGACGAUCAUUGUAACACCUCCAAGGACUCUGGAGAAGAUGAAGUUGAUCGACCAUGGCGAACUGUGGGGCUUGGUGAGGGCACUGUAUGGUUUACGACAGGCGCCGGCGCUAUGGUCUGCAUUCAGAGAUAAGACCCUCAAGGAGAUGAAGUUUCCAGAUGGGUGGACCAUUACUCGUGGGAGGACGGUGACUUCAUGGUGGGUGUUCCGAAACAGACAUGGAAGCGUCAUGGGGGUCCUGAUUUGCUAUGUUGAUGAUUUCCUGUUGCUCAGUCAGGAGCAGACAAUCCGGGAGUUGGCAGAGACGAUCCAACAGACCUGGAAGACAUCGCCCUUGGCGAUCCUACGACAUGGUGAGCCAGUGAGGUUCUUGGGCAUGGAGUUGCACCUCGACAGCACGGGCGAGCUCAUUUAUGUCAGCCAGCAUGGGUACGUCGAGGAAAUCCUCAGGGAAAACAUGGUGGGCCAGGAGGAGAGGGACAGAAUUCCGCUGUCUCGUGAGAAGGCAUCGUUUGAGGUGGGGUCAGAUGACGAAGAGCCAUCUCCCGAAAAGGUGGCUGCAGCACAGAGGUUGACAGGCGAGAUCAUGUGGCUCAGUCAGAAGACUCGACCUGAUCUGAGCUUUGCUUGCUCGCUCAUGGCCUCGAUUACAUUGAAGGCCCCAAUGCGAUGCAUCGACAUUGCCCACAAGAUCUUGAGGUAUCUUCGUGCAACAGGCGACUACAAGAUGGCGAUCAGGGAUGAUGGCACCAACCUAACCUUGUACCCGGACGCCGCCUUCGCUCCUUCAAGCAACAGGUCACACACUGGCUGGGUUAUAUGUUGGUCUGGAACCCCACUGGCGUGGCGGAGUGCCCGCCAAGCCACGGUGGCCCUGAGCACCGGUGAAAGCGAGCUCCUCGCUAUCCUCGAUGGUGCAGUGGGGCUCAUGGGGGUGGAAGCCAUGCUGAUGGACUUGUUUGUGGAGCCCGAGACAAAAACCAUCGCGAGUGACAGCACGAGUGCAUUGGCGAUUGGCUCAGGCACGGGAAGCUGGCGAACAAGACAUCUCAGGCUGAAGGCGGCCUGGCUACAAGAACGAAUCGCAGAUGGAGAUGUUGUGGCCCGCCAUCAGCCGGGAAUUACCCAGCCGGCCGACCUUCUCACCAAGGCUUUGAGUGGGCAAAGGAUUAGAGACCUACUGGCACUAUGGGGAGUUGGCCAAGAAGGGGAGACGAGGAAGAAGUCAAGGCCAUCGCAGGCAUCGCUUCAUGUGACAAGGGCAAUGGUGGCUAUGCUUUGUUGCCUGAUGGUCUUGGGAGUGGAGUCCAGAGAGGAGGAAGGCAGUCAGCCACCUAUGCGACUACAACUAGACUGGGACCUCGUCGGUGUCUUCCUGGCGAUGCUUACAUUGCUUGGGGCCGUGAUGAUCUAUGAGGCCCUGCGAUGGGGAGUGGUUGAGUUCUACAGGGAAUACACUCCUGGGGCUGCUGAACGAAAAGUGAAGCGUCUCCGCAAAUUACAAGAGGUGACAGCAGCGGCCAUUGAGGAGGAGUUAAGGAAGAGAGCUCAGCAAUUCCCAGGUAGGCAUGAGACUUCGAGGCCAGUUGUCCGUGAAAGGAGUGAGCCUAGAAGUUCAACAGCGAGGCCAGAGACACCAAGUGGUCAAGAUGAUCCGGCGACUUCCUUGACGGCAUGGAGGACGUCUUCACCAACACCAACACGAUCACGGUCAGAAGUGUGGCUUCAGACCCCCACGACACCGAGUACUUCGGAACUUGAUGACCCGGAGGCUGUAGCGGGAGAAGCCAAGCGAGCGAUCAUGGACACUGUCAUGCUGAUGAGGGUUGAGGAUAUUCGAGAAGGUCUUCGCAUGCAUGGGCUUCAGCUGAGUGGCCUGAAGCAAGAUCUGGCCACGAGAUUGGCCGAUGUGUUGGUGGAGCAGAUUGGGACAUCAGCAGGCCCAACCGUUCGCCAGUACCGAUAUCUUCUCUGGCUCUGGCGACACAAGGACCUUCACGGGAAGGUGCUGCUGAAAUGGAGCGCUUUGAGUUCCAGACACGAGGCGUCGAGGACGAUACACCAGUGGAAGUCCAUUUAG